CACCCCGCCCACUUCCGGUGCGGCGGGCGGGCGGCUGAGGGAGGAGGAGGAGCCGCGCCGCCGCCCCUGCCCCGGGCCAGCCCCGGGAUGGUGUUGGCCGCGGGAGCCGGGCCCUGACGCCGCGCUCAGACUGAAGACAGCAGUAAUGCUCACUCUUGCAAGCAAGUUGAAGCGGGAUGAUGGUGUCAGAGGACCCCGUGCAUCCAAUCCAGCUUCUGAUUCCACUCGGAGGGUGUCUGUACGAGAUAAAUUACUUGUUAAAGAGGUUGCGGAACUUGAAGCUAAUUUACCUUGUACAUGUAAAGUGAAUUUUCCUGACCCAAACAAGCUUCAUUACUUUCAGCUAACUGUAAUCCCAGAUGAGGGCUAUUACCAAGGUGGAAAAUUUCAGUUUGAAAUUGAAGUUCCUGAUGCCUACAAUAUGGUGCCUCCGAAAGUAAAAUGCUUGACAAGAAUCUGGCAUCCAAACAUCACAGAGACAGGAGAAAUCUGCUUAAGUUUAUUGAGAGAACAUUCAAUUGAUGGCACUGGCUGGGCUCCAACUAGAACAUUAAAGGAUGUUGUCUGGGGAUUAAACUCUUUAUUUACUGAUCUUUUGAAUUUUGACGAUCCUUUGAAUAUUGAGGCUGCAGAACAUCAUUUGCGUGACAAGUUGUAGCUUCCAUGGAAAUAAAUAGGAUGCACUACUUCUGGAGCAGCCUUUGUAGAUGCAGCCUUAGACAAUCCACGUUAACUCAGUGCGUCCCAGGGGAGCCAAGAAGUCAGACACCCAUGGUUUGAAGGACUUUGUUUGACUCUUCCUUGAGAAGCAAUGUCCGACAGGUAGGAGUGCAGCCUGCAGGCAGCCAGCAAUUGCAUCAGGAAGUCAUCAUUAAUGCCACACAUCGUGGCCCUCCCUUUGCUUGCCCCAGGCAGAAGGAUCACACUUGUCACUGGAGGAAGGCUGCUGUCAGACUCGAUGUAAUUAUUGCUGGUAACAUCCAGGAUGUGAAGAGGCCAGUAUGCUGCUUCCAGCAGGCACUCCAGUCUGAUCCCUACCUGCCUUGUUUUAUUUCCUGGGAGCUUGUCAAGCUUUAAAGAACAUGCAGCUGAAUACCCCUACAGAAAAGUGGUCUUUUUGUCUUUUCUGUCUUUUUUUUUUCCCCAAUCAUAUUCUGCUACUGCCAGUGAAGGGAGACUUAAUUGUUCCCCUGCCUUUUCCAUGGCUACAUUGGUUGUGAGGCUUGAGCUGUUGUUUUGGUAUUUAACGAUGAAAUAUUUUGCAUCUAUUUGUGCAGGGGAUUUUGGUUCUAGUCCAGGUUUUAGGAAUCUUGGGUUUUCACUAGAGCUGCAGAAUUUUGGCAGUUCUGUUGUCACUGGCUAUUUCUAACCCAUCUGUUUUUAGGCAACUUUAUAUGCUGGGAUGACUGCAUUCGUGGGUUGUGUUAUAACUGCACGGGUGCUGUGCAUUUGUAAGAAUAUUAAUGAGAAAAUACAAGGGAGCUGGAAUGCCAUGCUGUGGUUAAACUUGACUCUGGAUGGUUCAUGACAUCCUGAGGCUGUCUUUAAUAGAUCAUCCUGACAGUAGCAGUUCUUAUUCCUGUCCAAAUCACAUUUUUCUGAUUCUUCAUAACAGUAAUGCUAACACACUGGCAAAAAUCCUCCAAAAGACACCAGGGACAGGAUUGCCAGCCUCAUCUCACCUGGGGUAACAGUAUGUUUUCAUGAAUAAAUAGACAUAAAUCACACAGACAGUGCUAGCAGCAGGGAUGCUUGAGGCCAGGAGCUGUUGGGGCAGGUUUUUACUAUCAGUUAAUAUCUGUUUCCCCCCCCCAGAAAAGAAAAUACUAUUUUGCUUUUGCAUUUUGUUUUAAUUAAAGGCUACUCUUGGUAAUAAAAAGUUUUACUUUAGGAUUGUUUCUGUGGAGAUGGAUUCAUAGUGGUCAUGUUUUUAUGGAAUCCGAAGCUGCCCAUUAGGUUUCCUCUUAAUUGCCCUACAUAACCUCAGUCUUUAGGAAACUAAGCUUAAAAAAUGUCCUCCUCCCAGUUGCGUGCUGUCUUUGGAGGCUGUUUUAAUGAGUCUUCUGAGAUGAAUGUUUUCCUUGAAUUGCUUGAGGAAAGUCUCAUCCUCACAACUGUAAUUCCAUUAGAAAU